AUGGGCUACGUUCGUAACCCCAAAGGUACGACCCUACCUGGUAGACCUUCGACGACAGGGACGGGCUACCCCAGCACACAAGUCGGAGCGGACUCCACUUUCAACCCGUUUGCGUCUUUCAGGCGCCGCAAUGAAGUAACUGGAGAAAAUGGUUUACGUGUUGGACAAUCACCAACCGCGCGACAUCUUCCCACACCUUCCGAUGGACCAUACUCUGACAUCCGAUGCGUCGAAGAUAGGUGGUGGUGGUACCCUAACUGUCGAAGCGCGAACGCGGACCACUGCAUGGAAAUGGCUACCGCACAUGGUCACAUGGCCUAUCGCAGUACUGGGGCUGCGUUUGAUUGUACGCUGCCUAUAGCACUUUUGGACACAUGCACUUCUAUCACUACGAACUCCAAUUUUAGUGAUGGCGGAUUCAACAACAGCUUUGGCGGCGCGUCAGUCCUCCGGUUAUCUAAUGACUCAGGAGUUGCUCAACCUGGCUUUCACCGUUCACCGUCUGCAUGCAGUGUGCAUGUGGGCGUUACGGCUGAAGGAACAGCCCAAGGAUAUCUUUCCACAGGACUAUUACCGCAACCUCGCACACCACCCGGGGAUAGCUCAAGUCCACGCAUUCCACAGGCGAUGGGACAAGGAAGUGUGCCUACUCAUGCCGCCGGAGCCGAUGAUCACGGACACGCUUCUUCGAUUGAUAGCACAACGAACCACGGCGGUUCUAAUAUGCCCACUGUGGGUGCGCACACCUUGGUGGCCCGUACUCAUGCAGAACGCCCUCGACAUGCAUACGCUCGCGUCUGGUUAACACAGAAGUUUUUGCGUUCCUCCAGGCUAACCUUAAAAGUUAAAGAUGCCCCGGAUUUCAUGGGAAGGCAAUACUUUACUUGUGGGUCAGCUCAGCCUUCACGGGCUCUGGAUACCAUUGACGAAAUCUCCAAUUCUCCAGUGCAACGACGGUUGUUUUGGGUAGACCUGACUCAGAAUUUUCUCCUUGCAGGUAUCCCCAGCAAACUGAUAUCACCAUUGACAUCCCACGGCUUUCGUCGAGGCUUCGUGGCCAGUGCGUUAGCAUUGGGGGCAUCACACAACGGUAUCAGUACGGUGCUUGGGAUCGCCGAGGGGUCCGUAAAGUCGUGUGUGCGGGAUAUUAUCCCCACACAUGCAGACAGCUUCUUCAACGCGGACCUCGCUCCUCCGGGCACUACGGUGACUGGAAGUACAACAACAUAAAUUACCGCAGAUUUUAGGAUUAAGAACAAGAAGCUUUCAUUACAUGUGGGCUUCCAUACGUAAUGACAUAGCAUAAUUCUUUAGCUCAAU